GCCGCGCCAGACCGCACCAGGGCAUUAAACACAUAGAUAGAUGUUGUAUUUUGCUGAGGUUGUAGUUGUGUAGGAUUAACAGGCACCUUCUGUUAUCAAACCGGAUAAAAAAAAUUACGUGGGCACUUCAGCACGUGAAAGCAUAUCGAGUUAUCGACGAUAUGCUAGUUACCACUUUAGAAGGUAGGCUGUCGACUAAGACAAGUGGUGGGGGAAAAAGAAUAAAAGACUGACGCAGACGCAAGCGUCAACAUCGCAGGCUUGUCGCACGUGGCGUGCUCUUGUGUUUACGAAUAUUGGUGGUGUUUUUAUUUGUCUACUAUGUUUCUGCUAUAGGAAGAUCUGUGCGCCGUGGUUUUAUAUUUUGUGAUAUUUAAGUGUUUUUUUAAGGACGUGCCACUCACUUUUCAGAUUUUAAAUCAUUCGCAGAUUCAUGAUGCCACCUCACAAAAAGACUGAAGAACCAGACAGCACGCAACAAACGCCAUCGCCCAUAGCUAGUGGCAGUGUCACUUCCGUCAUUUCUGAGAACACAAUCUUGUCCUCGGGUAAAAAUACAUACUUCAGUGAGGAAAAGAUACCAAUCCCAGAAAGUAGCGAUGUGAGAUUCAGUUUUCGAACUUUAUGGGCUUUCACAGGUCCAGGAUUUCUAAUGAGCAUAGCAUAUCUUGACCCAGGCAAUAUUGAAUCUGAUUUACAGUCUGGGAAAGCUGCACAAUAUAAGCUGCUAUGGGUGCUGCUGUCAGCCACCGUGCUCGGCCUGGUGAUGCAGAGGUUGUCUGCUCGUCUGGGGGUCGUCACCGGUCUCCAUCUGGCGGAAAUGUGCUAUCGCCAGUACCACAAAGUUCCUAGACUGCUUCUGUGGAUCAUGAUCGAGAUUGCCAUCAUAGGUUCCGACAUGCAAGAAGUCAUAGGAACUGCAAUUGCAAUAUCGAUUCUGUCCAACAAAGCAAUCCCACUCUGGGGUGGUGUGCUCAUCACAAUUAUUGACACAUUCACUUUUCUCGGCUUGGACAAAUAUGGCCUGCGGAAACUUGAAUUCUUUUUUGCGUUCCUUAUUUCAGUGAUGGCUGUGACGUUUGGCUAUGAAUAUGUGGUGGCUGCACCGGACCAAGUCCAAGUCGUCAAAGGCAUGUUCUUCCCAUGGUGUGAAAACUGUGAUGGUUCUGCAUUACUCCAAGCCGUUGGCAUUGUAGGGGCUGUCAUAAUGCCUCACAACUUGUACUUGCAUUCCGCCUUGGUCAAGUCUCGUGAUGUUGACAGGCGUAAACCUGAAAAAGUUAGGGAAGCCAAUAUGUACUUCUUCAUCGAAGCUUGCAUUGCACUGUUUGUGUCUUUCAUCAUUAAUGUCUUUGUUGUGGCUGUUUUUGCCCAUGGACUGUACGGAAAGACAAAUAUGGAUGUGAGAGAAAUGUGUUUCACACAGAAUCCAGAAAAUCCUUUUGCAUCAGUAUUCCCAAAUAAUACAGAAUUGGUAGAUGCUGACAUUUACAAAGGUGGUGUGUUUUUGGGCUGUGCGUUUGGUAUCGCUGCAAUGUAUAUCUGGGCAGUGGGUAUCUUGGCUGCUGGCCAGUCCAGUACCAUGACUGGUACAUAUUCUGGACAGUUUGCGAUGGAGGGAUUUCUGAAUCUCCAAUGGGCUCGUUGGAAGAGAGUGCUGGCUACCCGAACGCUUGCUAUUAUCCCCACUUUCAUGGUAGCCUUUUAUAGUGAUAUUGACAAACUGACUGGAAUGAAUGAUAUUCUAAAUGCUGUGAUGAGCCUUCAGUUGCCAUUUGCGACCAUACCUACUAUUGCAUUUACUAGCAGUGUUCACAUCAUGGGCGAGUUCAAAAAUGGAUUGUCCAACAAAAUUGUUUCCGUAGCAUUAUCUGCUGUUGUCAUUACCAUUAACAUCUACUUCGUAGUGGUCAACCUGCUAACAUCAUCAUUAGGAUGGUUACCAUUGCUUGCUAUUUCUGUUUUGGCUGUGCUCUACUUGUUGUUCUGCCUGUACCUGACCAUACAUAUGCUCAUCAACUUAGGCUUCACAUCGCUUGCAAACAACUAUCUCGUAUCCAGAUAUAUAAUGUGUUCAUCCUCACCCGAGUUCGGCCUCAACACUCAGAACUAUGGAAGUGCUGUCUCGACCUUUACAAUACAAGAAGACUUACCACAUGAAGCCCGGACACAUGUUGAGAAAUUUUAAUCAGCUUGUUCAUGAAGCUUUGGCUACUGUUUUAGGUUUCUACUUUGGACUGAUACUCGCUUUUCCAGUGGUCUGCAACAAAUGGGAUCAGCAUAGCAUUUUAUGUGAAGACUGCAUUAUUUUUAAAAUAUUUAUCACAUUAAUACUCGUUUAUUUAUUCGUGUAAGAUUAUAACUAUGUAUGGCACAUGGGUUUAAAAUGUUGGCAGCACCUUUUAAAGUCAAAUUAAGUAUUUGUGUUUGACUUGUAAAGGUGUUCUUUCAUGUGUAUUACUGAAAGCUUUGUAAUAAUGUCCAGCCCUAUUACAGCACUUAGGUACUAUGUUUAUUUCCCCUCAUCCAGCCUAAACACAAGAAAAAAGUCCUGGCUAUGCAAACAGUACACGUGACAUAAUUAAUCUUGUGGGUAACUGAUUUAAGGAGUCUGAAUAAAUAUUGUUAUCUAUCCAAUAAAACUUUUGUCAAGACAAAUAGUUAUAUCUUAAAUUUUCUACAUAGUCUAUUUUUAAUUUACCAAAGCUGGUGUGUUUCUUAGUGUCAGAAAUGCAGUGUAAAUUAUUAUCAUCAUACGGUUACACAAAUAUGAAUACAAAGUUUCUAUAUUUUAACACCUAGGAACAUUUUAUUAGUUCCUGGCCUGACUAGAGGUUUUGUCACUAAUGACGUGUAUUAUUGGAAGUAUUUAUUGGAUUUUCAUUAUAGUAGCUGCAAUAUUAAACAUGCUGUUAUCAGAAAUGCUAUGCAGAUUAGUACUGUUCUCAAUGGCUUUGGUCAAUUUCUACAUGCAAGGUCUCUUAAAUACUCUUAAGUUCACAAUGUGAGUUCACUUGCAAAUAAUUUCCACGAGUGAGAUUUUAUUUCAACUUUUAAACUAGAUUUGAAGACCUGUUAUUUUUUAAUCAAAAUGAAUUCAAAAUGAAUUGAUGAUAAUAGUAAGUAACUAGAAAAUAAUGACGUGUCAUUUGCUUAAUAGGAUUUUUGGGUUUGCAUAAAAGGUCCAAAGUUCACAGAAGUGAAUUUAUAUAUGUAACAUACAUUACCUAAAUUUUUGCAAGUUUUAAAAUACUAGUUUUUGAUCAAGUGUGUUGGAGCAUAAAAAUCUCUGUACUUGACACAGUCAGUACAAUUCAUCCACAGAAAAGUACAUGUUAGCAUUUGUAAAUAAAACUAAUCUUUAUUGCUUAAGACAAAAGUCAAUUUCAAGGACUUAUGAUAUUAUUUUUGUGUAGCCACUUUUCAUCAUGAAAAAUUGCAUUGGCCUUAUUAUUAAUGUAAAAUUUAUUUAUAAAAAAUUACUUAAUAAAAUAUAAAUGCAAAAUUAUUUUAUCUGUAUGUAUAGUGCAACAAAUCAAAAGUCAUUAAGGGUUUUUAAUGUUAUGUUAUGAUUGGUACAAAAUUGGUGCUAUGUUUAUCUGCUAUUUUUGUACUUAAUUUUUUUGAGAUUGUUUGAUUGUUGAAGUUGUUGAUAUAAUUUUUACUAUGUUAAAUUGUGUAUAGUAAUUAUUUUCUGGGUAACUAAAAAAAAUUAGAGUAUGUGCAUGUAAAUGAGAAUUUAGUUUGUUAAAAAUAUAGCAUUCCAUUUGGAAUUAAAUCAUUGCAAUAGAUUACAGGAUACGAGAAUAUUUUAAAUUGUUUAUUUCUAAAAAGUGAUGUUCUUGUGAUAUAAGAUUUAUGUACUUUCUUAUUGAAUUUUUCCUAGCCGUCCAAUAAUUAUUGCUACAUUGUACAUAUCAAUUUUAAGUGUUUUUUUUUUGUUGUUGAAUUGAUGUGUUGUUAAUGUUCUAUGAACUUCUUUAAAAAGUCACUAAGAAUGUGAAAUUAUAUUUUUGAAUAUAUUUAAUCUAUUGCAUAUGUGUAAUAAAACAACAUUGUUUGGUGAAA